UAGCUCCGUAAAUAAAACAAGCUUCUUUCUUUCUCUGUUGCUACGCCCUUUCCAAAAACUUCGCUCCGAUCGCUUAAGCGACUACGUUCCUUCACAUAACUUUCUUUCCCACGUAACUCAGAAUAAAUGAGUGAAAUUCUUAGCCACAUCCCGGGUCAGCAGUCUCAUCUCUUUCUUAAGGGAACUUUCCUAUCGUAGACCCAUGCCAUCUUGUCCAAAGCAAGAGAGCCCCCGCCCGUUUGAAGUCGUUGCGAGCCGGAAAGCGUACCGGCAGUUUGAGUCGCUUACUUUAUUUAGUUCAUUUUUUGGUUUAAGAUUGAUUUAUAUAUUAUAAACAAUUGAAAAAAAAAAUAGAUUUUCCAAUUGUUCAUUCCUGGGAAGCGGAAGAAGCAGAUAGAGCAAAGGCCUUCUCUUUCCGUCCGCUCUUCCCGAAGUGAGAUAAUUGCAUGUAAAGAUCCAUAAGGGCUUAUAGUUUAAUUGGUUGAAACGUACCGCUCAUAACGGUUAUAUUGUAGGUUCGAGCCCUACUAAGCCUACUACCCUCUUCACCCGAAACAAGCGAAGUCCCCGCCACCCAAAAGCUUCGCUUUAGCGACUUCAUACCUGCAGAUCUCAAUCUAACGGAAGCUCCUGGAACUGCUGCCGCUGUCCUUCGGGCAUGCCUCCUACGCUUACCACUUACCUACGCUCUUUCAGCAUCCCCCUUCGGGGAAUAUUUCGUAAUACGCGAAGCAGCUGAGCGAUAGCUCUUCGAUCGCUAUAUUCUUGCAAUAGCGAAGGCAUGGUUCAUCCUCUAAAAAAUAGUAGAUGCGAAGGUUCGGAUCGAAGAUCUUCGCGAGACGGCCCAAGCGAAGAUCGGCACUCGAUUGAGGAGCAGCCCUCAAAAAAAGGGAAAGACGCGGAGACGGCAGACUCGCCAGUCAAGCAAACCGUUAAGGCUGACUACAGCAGACCGGGGGUUCCAAUUCCUCUUUUCCCGUUUCAAUUCCCGGGAGUGAAUGUAGGACGUGCAGACGGUGCAUAAAGUGUGAACAUUCAACCAAAAGCGUUUUAAGGGAGUUGACUCGCUAAAGCUAUGCUUUUGUUUACACGCUAAAGCUAUGCUUAUGGAAGACCUUCGAAAAAAAUAUUGAACCGGGAAGAAAAAGGGGAAAAGUCAAGUCUAAGCAUAUAUGGCACGAAAAGGAAAUCCGAUUUCGGUAAGACUUGAUCUGAAUCGUAGUUCGGAUUCAAGUUGGUUUAGUGAUUAUUAUUAUGGUAAAUUAGUAUAUCAAGAUAUCAAUCUGAGAUCUUAUUUUGGUUCGAUACGUCCACCUACGAGACUUACCUUUGGCUUUCGCCUCGGUAGGUGUAUUAUUAUACAUUUUCAAAAAAGAACAUUCAUUAAUUUCUUUCUUCCUCGUCGACCACAACGACGGAAACGACGCACAAAAUCCAGACCCGGAAAGAAGAAGGGCCGGUGGUGGGAAUUGGGGAAAGUCGGGCCAAUCGAGUGUCUUUAUUCAAGCGAGGGUAGAAAAGAAGAACGAAACGAAGUGAGAGGCCGAAGGGCCGGGAAAAGAGUCGGGUCGAUCAGGCUCGACGACCAGAAAAAGCAAAACGAAAUCAGGGUUUGGCCAAAAAAGAAGCAACGCUAUGGAUACCAUGACCGAUCACCAUCGAUAAAGAAGAAUCUUUCUAAAUCACUUCGGGUCAGCGGGGCCUUCAAGCAUCCGAAAUACGCCGAGGUUGUAAAUGACAUAGCCUUUCUGAUAGAAAAUGAUGAUUCCUUCAAAAAAACGAAGUUAUUCAAGUUCUUUUUCCCCAAGAAGUCCCGCUACGACGGCCCGACAAGACAUCUACUUAAAAGGACCCUCCCUUCAGCGCGCCCUUCCUUGAAUUAUUCGGUCAUGCAAUACUUAUUGCAUACAAAGAACAAAAUUCAUUUCGAUCCCGUCCUAGUUCUCAAUCAUUUCGUGGCACCGGGCGUGGUUGAGCCAUCCACGAUGAAGAGAGCUAAUACGCAGGGAAGACGCUUAGAUAAGAGAAUACGUUCUCGCAUCGCUUUUUUUUUGGAAAGCUCGACCAGCGAUAAAAAGUGUUUGGCCGAAGCCAAAAAGAGGUUGACCCACUUCAUUCGCCAAGCGAAUGAUCUUCGCUUCGCGGGAAGAAGAAAAACCGCCAUCUCGCUCUUUCCUUUCUUCGGUGCUACCUUUUUCUUUCCAAGGGAUGGAGUUAGAGUUUAUAAAGCCCUCUUUUUUAAAGAUGCCCGGGAACAACUCCUAGGUCAAUUAAGGAGAAAAUGUUGGAACCUCUUGGGUAAGGAUAAGGUAAUCAAAUUGAUAGAAAAAUUCAUAGAUCUAGGUGGGAUAAGAGAAUUGAUAAAGGGAAUAGAGAUGAUGAUAGAGAUCAUACUGAAAAACAGAAGAAUUCCUUACGGGUAUAACUCUUAUUUGAACGAAGUGAAAAAAAUGCGAUCUUUGUUGUCUAAUAGAACAAACACUAAUACCUUAAUUGAAUCGGUCAAGAUCAAAUCUGUUUAUCAAAGUGCUUCUUCGAUUGCUCAAGACAUAUCUUUUCAACCGAAAAAGAAAAGAGGAUCAUUUCGUUCUAUUUUUAGUAAAAUAGUGAAAAAGAUUCCAUUAGUAAUGAAAAAGGGGGUAGAGGGGAUCCGUAUAUGUUGUUCAGGUCGAUUAGAAGGUGCAGAAAUUGCUAGAACUGAAUGCGGAAAGUAUGGAAAAACAUCCUGUAAUGUAUUACACCAGAAAAUUGAUUAUGCUUCUGCGGAAGUAUCUACUCGUUACGGAAUCGUAGGUGUCAAAGUGUGGAUUUCUUAUAGUAAAAAAGAAAAAGGACGUGCUAUAUCCGAAACGUAAAAAAUAGAGUCAAUCUCGUAAAGGCGGAUGUAGUAGAGGUUGCAAACCGGACGGUACACAACUUGGAUUGCUCGUGUGUCCACGGGACAAAUCCCAUUUUUAAUGUAUGGUGCGAGUUUGUAAAAUGCUCGACAAGCCCAACAAGUGGUCGAUGGAAAGAGAUAAGGAAAUGAAUACGGCUCAAGACUAAGAAAUCGGCAGAAGGCCGAUCUUCGUUCUAAGAUAGAGCCUCUUCUCACCAUGGAGAGGGCCCGUCGUGACCUUUUCAAUUUCCUCCCGAAGCCCGCGAGCAGUACGAGCUCGACCGGGAAAAACAAAGAAAAAGAUUCGAAGGCGGGGCGGGCGAAUCUUUUUCUUUGUUUUUAGGAGUUGGCAGGCUCCCGACCCGCAGAUGUAGGGA